CCGCCUGAUUGACAGCCUAUAUCCAUAGAAACAGAGCAGGCAGAGACACUCCAUUCGAGCAGCCUGGCGGGGUGACGAGUGUCUGCCAUACACGGCGCUGGGGAUAAUGCAAUAGAGGAUUUUGUCCAUGCAUGUGAGAUCAUUCAGUCACCUUAUUCCAUCGGAAGGGUGAUGAGGAUCUGGAGGGGGAGACUAUUACCCCUGCUCACGUGUUGCAGUGUGCUCUGAGCAUCCUGCCAGAAGGGGGUCCACAGCCCAGCACUGACUGAUCAGGCAUCUGGUAGCCUUUUUCUCUUUGCUGGUUGUAUUUUUCUACAUGCUUUCUACAUUGUAACUAUUUGGAUCCUGUGUGUUGCCUCCUGGUGGCUGAGGAUCCCCUGUGAUCUGUUGGAUCUCUUCAUUCUCUUGGGGGUGUGGCCAGUGGUGGAACAGUGAAUAGGAGCUACUAAAAUAGCUUAGCCCGCUUGGCUUUUUCCAUAACCCCAACCAACUGUGGCUGCAACAUACAUCACUAAAUCCGCAAAGCUGUAUCCGACUGGGGGAUCUCUGGAUUUUUCCCACAUUAUGAUGCAAGGGGAUGGACGGCGGAGAAGAAAUGAAAAUUACUUUGAUGAUAUCCCAAGAUCAAAGCUUGAAAGACAGAUGGCUCAGAGUAAAUAUGAUUUUCAGACAGGAGAUUGGGGAGACCAACCUUCUAUCAGCCUGCGAGCCCCCAAUGAAACCACAGGCUCUAUACCCUUUCAGUACUGGCAGCAUCAUCCAGAAAAGCUCAUCUUCCAAGCGUGCGAUUACAAAGCAUAUAGCAUGCCAUUUGGGGGAAAGUAUGGACCCAUAUUAAAACCCGUUGCUCACCCCCAGUGUUCCUGGUCUGAGAUGAUAAAGUAUUUAGGAUCCAUGCUGAUCAAGGAAUUGCGAGGAACAGAGUCAACACAAGAUGCCUGCUCAAAAAUGAGGAAAUCCACAGAACAAAUGAAGAAAGUUCCAACAAUUAUUCUGUCAGUUUCUUAUAAAGGAGUGAAGUUUAUGGAUGCUGCUAAUAAGACGAUCAUCGCUGAACAUGAAAUCCGCAAUAUAUCAUGUGCUGCCCAGGAUCCUGAAGACCUCUCUACCUUUGCAUAUAUCACAAAAGACUUGAAAUCUAACCUCCAUUAUUGUCAUGUUUUCACAGCGUUUGAUGUGAAUUUAGCAUAUGAGAUCAUCUUGACACUAGGACAGGCAUUUGAAGUUGCAUAUCAGUUGGCACUACAGGCCAGGAAAGGUGGACAUUCUUCAACGCUUCCAGAGAGUUUUGACAGCAAGCCCUCCAAACCCAUCCCAAAACCUAGAGUCAGCAUUCGAAAGGCAACAAUAGAUCAGCCUGAUCAAAAGACUCUUGCCAAUCUGCCUUGGAUCGUUGAACCAGGGCAAGAAACAAAAAGGGGAAUUAGCACCAAGUAUGAAACCACAAUAUUCUAAUAUUGACUCGUCCCAUCUACUUGGUGUGCCUUCGUACACUCUCCUCCAUGAGUCCAUCACUCAAGCCUCGGUCGCCUCUUUACUACAGAAGAAACAGUUGUUGACACAGACUGUACAGCAACAAGGGAUGAUUCUUUUCACUAACAAUACAAUACUGCCAAGAAAAUGAAUCCUCUAUUUUUGAUGAUUUUUUCUUGUAAUCUCUAUCACAGUGUUUCUUUUUGUUUUAACUCUGGAUUUUAUCAGGAAAGAGAAAUCUUCAUGUAAAAUUAGUUCUAAUUGUUUCAUUAUGCAGUUGAUUUGUGGCAGUGAUAUAAUCAACACCCUCUUGAAGCUGUAAUUGAACAACAAACAAUUAUAUUGACCUAUUACAAUAAAUAUCAAUAAUAAUAAGAUAAAUAUGGAACUUUAAGAGCUGCCAAGAAAUUGAGUACUUUAUAUGCACAAGUGCAUCUUUAUAUCCAAUUAUUAUAUGUGAUUUCAUUACAGAAAUAGUAUUCAAGAUUUAUGAAGGAACUGGCUUUGCUUCAAUGUAAAGAGUACUUUGUAUAAUAUUUUAUAGGCUAUUAAAGUUGAAGCCUUGUUACUAAAUUGUAAAAAAAAAAUUCUAUUACUGUAUCCAUAAAGAAUAUAAAAUUGUCAGUAAAAUGACACAAAAAGAUUCUGGAUUUCAUGAUUUUUUAUAGCUAUAAUCUAUUCCUUUCUAAAUGCAUUAGAACAUUGUUUUACUAUUAUAUAUGGAUGUUUGUAUACAUGUUUGCUACUAAUACUGAGUGAAUGUAUGUUUAUACAGCAUAUACCGAGUGUUUGCAUACUUUCAGAUUAAUACAGCAAAGGACAAGUAACCAAUGGUGUAAUAGAUUCAUCUUUGCAUUUUUAAGUCAACUUUUAAUGGCUCUAAUUAAUACAGUAGAGGAAGAGAGGCAUUUUGUUAGGUAGCUUUAGUUAUGAAAUAAAAAAUGGUAAAGAAUUUGCAUUUCUCCUCUUGAAUGAUAUACCAUACUGUAUUUUUUCUGACAGGCCUUAGAAAUUUAAAGAGAAAUAGACGUCCCGAUUCCCCACACAUUCGA